CCUCAGAACUAGGAAACUGAAUUUGAUAAAGGAAUUAAUUCGCGGACUACAAAGCUGUUUUUUCAACCCACAAUGGCGGAAGGAGGAGAAGAUGUCGAUUUGGUCGAGCAUAUACCUUUAACGCCUUUCUCAAGACGAACUUUUCAAGAAAAGUUAGACAUCCAUGACAUUAACCUCAGAAGCUCCUGUUCAUCAUAAUAAACCGCGUGGUUCCGCUCCAGCGGGCUCCAGCGGGUGGUUUCCGUGGGCAGAUGGAGCGCGUGUGGUUCUCAUUAGAUCGUCUCGACGCGCUGACCCGAUGCCCCAUCUCCGGUGUGAUAUAUCGCAGAGCCAUGGUGUGCUGUCAGACUCCCAGAAGUGGACGAGGAGGCGAGUGGGGCUUCGCUCCUCUGCUGCACGCGGCGGCGCUUCUCAGCUUUCUGGUGGCGGGGAUGCACCAAACCACGGCGUUCCCCUCCUGGAGGUUAGAGGAAGAAGCUUACACCGCCGUGCUGCUCAUCGGGAUCCGCAAAGAGGCCCGAACCCAAGUGCUUCACCUCUCCAGGAACAAGCGCUACACCCUCACCCCGGAGGUGCUCAAGUGGAACAAGUUCAAGCUGACAUACAAGUUGCUCUCCUUCCCCACAAACUUGAUAAAUGCCAGCGACACGCGGCGAGGCAUCGCCAAGGCUUUCGCCAUGUGGAGCUACGUCUCUCCGUUCAGCUUCCGAGAGGUGCCGGCUGACCAAGAAGCCGACAUGAAGAUCGGCUUCUACCCCGCCAACCACACCGACUGUCUGCAGUCCUACUUGCACCAUUGUUUCGACGGCAUCACGGGAGAAUUGGCUCACGCGUUCUUCCCGCCAACUGGCGAGAUCCACUUUGACGACCACGAAUACUGGAUUCUGGGAAACAUGCGCUUUAGCUGGAAGAAAGGAGUUUGGCUGACGGAUCUCGUCCAUGUGGCGACUCACGAAAUCGGCCACGUCCUGGGACUCAUGCAUUCCUUGCACCCGAAAGCUAUAAUGCACCUGAAUGCGACUCUGACAGGGCGCAAGCUGAUCACGCAGGAUGAUGUGAUGGGCUUGCACCGCCUCUACGGAUGUUUGGACCGGUUAUUUAUCUGUCCGGCGUGGGCUCGGAAAGGCUAUUGCGAAAGCAAGCGUAAGCUGAUGAAGAAGCACUGCCCCGCCAGCUGUGAUUUCUGUUACGAAUUUCCUUUCCCCACGGUGGCUCCCACCCAGACGCCCCCGAGGACCAAACACAAGCUGGUCGUCGAGGGAAAGAAGCUGACUUUUCGAUGUGGGAAGAAAAUAGCAUCCAAGAAAGGCAAAGUAUACUGGUACAAGGACGGGGAGCUGCUGGAGUACUCUCACCCCAACUACAUCUCCUUGAAAGACGACCACAUCACCAUCGUGGCCAACGCCAUUAACGAGGGCACGUACACCUGCGUCGUGAAGAAAAAAGACAAAGUCCUCACAAACUACUCGUGGAGGGUGCGCGUGCGCUUCUGAGGGGCCUCCUCCGCACACUGAACAGGACGCAUCCUCGCGCACACACACACACACACGCAUACAUACAUACACACACAUACCCGCGAGCUCACAUUGGGGCCUCGAUCACUCCGGCACAUAUUAGUUUAAAAAAAGAAAAAAGUGUUCUUCCUGUAUCUUCCACAUCUAUCUGUCUUUAUGUAACGGCGUGUUAACGUGUGCAAAUAAUAAAUGAUCUGUGACGAGUAGAA